AUGUGUAUAAGAGACAGCCCCAGCACCAGUGGGGUGCCACGCCAUCCUCCAGCACCCGCUUUGGGGGGCACAGGGAACUGCGAGGGUGCAGCAUCCCCCCAGUCACAGCCUCCUGGUGUUUGGGGUGCUCCCAUUCCCGAGGUGGGCGCCCCCAAAACUGGUGACACAGCCCGUGUCCUCACAGCGAGGGGUGACGGCGACCCCCCUGACCCUGUAUACCUGCCGGCGGACCUGGAGGUGCUCGGCGUGCCCGAAUACUACCGGCUACAACGGGUGGACCAGGAUUUGCCAGCCAACACCUCCCUGCACACCCGCACCGAGACCUACCUGCUGCUGCGCCAUGACUCCGCCACGCAGCCCCUCGUCCAGGCCACCUACCCACCCUUCAGCACCCGGCAGGACGUGCCCACAGAGACCCCCCCGGGAAGGGACAGUUCGGUACCUUGGGCCAUCCGUGCCGUGUCCCUUGAGAGCGCCGUGUCCCCGGCCGAGCCCUUCGCCCGUGUCCUCUUCCACUUGCAGGGUCCUGACUGGCUGCCUGGGGAGAGGGAACACCCCAGGGUGAGGGAACACCCUGGGGAGCAGGAGCACCCCAGGGAGCGUGACCUGCCCUGCGUCACCCUCCAUGCCCACCACCACGGCCGGGUGGCCCGUGGGACAUGCCGCCUGCAGGCACCCCUGGGUGUCUGCGUGGUGGAGCUGGAGAUCCCCCCGCGCUGGUUCUCCCCGACAUCCCCCACCCCACGCAGCCGCCGCCGAGCAGCCGAACCCCCGGGGCGCCCUGAACCCCCUGAGCCGGUGGAGCUUCACUACAGCGUGGUGGGCCCGGGGGAAUGCAGCCGUGCCGGGGGCCGGGAGCGGAGCCGCGGUGGAGAGGCCCGGCGGUACCUGGGCACGGUGGAGCUGCGGGCCAGCGAGCCGGCGCGGCGGCAGGAGGUACGGUUAGAUGAUAAGGUGCUGCUGCGGGUGCCUGACGCCACGCUGCGCCCUGGGCAGCGUUUCACCGCCACCGUCGCCCUACGACACAAUUUCACCGCCGACCAGUUGACGCUCCGGAUCAAGGCGAAGAAGGGGCUGCAGGUGGUGGGUGCCCGUCCCGGGGUCCCCACGGCCUGGAGCACCCAACUGGAGCGCACCCGGGGUCCCAAGCACUCCACGGUUGUGGUGACGUGUCGGCGCAGCGGGGAUGUACACGGAGGCUGGAGGGCAGCCGAUUCCGCCACGUUCCUGCACUUGGACCUGGCGGUGGAGAACGGGACGGGGGGGCUGGCGCCGGCACGGCCCCUCACCUGGCAGGUGGAGUACCCGGGCCAGGACCCCGAGGCCCAGAAGGACAAACUGGUGUGGGAGAUCCAGGUGUCGGAGCGGGACGUCCGCGCCCUUGUCCCCUUGGUACAGGAGCUGGAGAUCCUCAACACGGCCCCGCUGACGGGGGUCCCCCGUGUUGUCCCGGUGAAACUGGUGGCGGUGGAAGCGGGAGGCGGCGUGGCUGAGCUCACCGAGCCCCCAGGCUGCGAGUCGGCCGACAAGCAGGUGCUGCAGGUGUCAGAUGCCUGCGAUGCGGUGUUUGUGGGGGGCAAAGAGAGCCGGGGGGCUCGGGGGGCCCGGGUGGAUUUCUGGGCCCGGCGCCUACACGCUUCACUGCGCUUCACCGUCUGGGCACCGCUGCUGCCGCUGCGCGUCCAACUGGCUGACACCACGCUGGAGCAAGUGCGGGGCUGGCGCCUGCCCGGGGGCCCCGAGAGCUCGCUAGACCCCGCCGUGGCCACUGUGGGGGGCUCGCCCAGUGUCCCCGCUGCUCGCCCUUGGGUGGUGGCGGAGGGGCCGGGACGGGGGGCUCUGCUGCAGCUCAGCCUGCACCCCCCAGAUGCCUGUCGCCGGGGCCGGCACCGAGCGGCCGCGUUGGCCACCGUCACUGCUUGGCUUGAGGUAGGGACCGGCCGGCGUGCCCCAACCUCUGGUAGCCCCCCGGGUGGCCCACCCCGGGCCAGCUCUCCCUUUCCACGAGCCGAGGGGGCCAUGUCGGGGGAGGCGGUGACAGCGGCCAGCGAGCCGCGGCGAAGGGACCCCGCCGGUGUCGGACCUGCCUCCACCAAGCUCCAAGGGCUGGGGUCUUCCUCGGAGGAGGAAGAGGAGGAAGGCUACGGCCGCAACCGUGCUGGCGGGGAGGAAGAAGAGGAGGAGGAUGAGAUGGUGAAGGCUCCCGAGCGGGUGACCGACCUGGAGAUUGGGAUGUACGUCUUGCUGGGUGUCUUCUGCUUGGCCAUCUUCAUCUUCCUCAUCAACUGCAUCUUCUUCGUUCUGCGGUACCAGCAGAAGGAGCUGCCGGAUGCCGGCACAGCCCCUUCGGCCCCCCAGCCCCACAACUGGGUCUGGUUGGGCACCGACCAGGAGGAGCUGAGCCGGCAACUGGACCGCCGGCAGCCUGAGCCCCCAGCCCCCGAGGUGGCCCCUGAGGCCGGGCGCUGCUGUUGCGGGGUACCCCCGGGCACUGCGCCUGGUUCCGAAACAGGGGUUGUUCCCCCCAGCACCCCGACACCCGGAGCUCCCCUGCCUCGUAAAGAGGGGGUUACGCCAGGGGGUGGCCGGAGGAAGCGGGUGGAAUUUGUCACCUUUGCGUCCCCCCGGGUCCCUGAGGAGCCCCCCCAGCCCGCCCCCAAUGUCCAGUCCAUCCUGGUGGCCAGCGAGGAUGACAUUCGCUGGGUGUGCGAGGACAUGGGGCUGCGGGACCCCGAGGAGCUCAGGAGCUACAUGGAGAGGAUCCGGGGCAGCUCCUGACCCUGGGGGGACAAGCCCCCGGCCUCUCAACCCCAGGCAAACCAGUAAGAGACCGACCUCCUCCCCACACUGCCCCGGACUGGUGGGGAGACACCCUGUCCCCCACCUUUCCCUGCCUGUAGCGGGCUGUGCUGCUCCUGGGGGCCACUGCUCAUCCCUUCGUGGUGGCCUGAGCCCUGCCCCAGCGGGGCCACCCAAGGGACCAUCCCCAGAUGCCCGCGGUGGGGUGGGGGGGGUGUCUCCACCCAACUCAGAGCAUCCCCCUCUUUGGGGUCCGUGGCAGCUCCCCCCACCUCAGUGGCAUCAGGGAGGAAGCCGGGGUACUCUUACUGCUUUGGGUCUCAUUGCGACAUUGUGUUCAUAGUGAUGAUGAUGAUGAUGAGUCCUGUGGUCUGAUUCCAGGGAGAGUCCCGUGCCCCCCGCUGCACCCAUGCCGCGGGGAGGAGGGGGGUGUGCGCCCUCCCCACCUUCACCCUGACCACGCAUCCGUUUUGUACGACUGGCAUUUUCUACCUGUAACGCCCCCGGGGAAGGGGCUGCUGCGAGGGGCUGUUAUUUAUGGCAGAUUUUUAAAUUCUGACAUUGUUACAAAAAUAAAAUAUUUAAAAAAG